AGUUGAGCCUUUCACUUUGCCUCCCUCCCCCCUUUCUCCUCUUCGUUGCCUCCCCCCUCCCCCCUUACCUUUUCACUAGUUUUCUCAUCUAAUCCUCCCCUCUUCUCCUCCCUUAUCCCCCUCCCCCUUCCCUCCCUUAGGUGUGUGCAAAAGCUGUGGCCGGCUGAGUCUGAGCACUAGAGCUUCCUCCGCCCGUGGGCUUCGACCCAGGGGCCUUGAGGCUCCUUGCUCCUGCUCUCCCGGCUCUAGGCAGCUUCGUUCCUCCCUCUCACCUUCCAGGCCUCCGGGAUGGCGGCGGCGAUGCUCUCCGGCACAGGUUCGGCACCCCCUCCCGGGUCCGGUGGUGUUGGCGCCGAUGGUGACGGCAGUGGCGGCUGUAGAGGGUCCCCGCCGGGGGGCUGGGCCGUGGCCCGCUUGGAGGGCCGUGAGUUCGAGUACCUGAUGAAGAAGCGAUCGGUGACUAUUGGGAGGAAUUCGUCUCAGGGCUCCGUAGAUGUGAGCAUGGGCCACUCGAGCUUCAUUUCUCGGCGCCACCUUGAGAUCUUUACUCCCCCAGGCGGUAGCCCGACCCCCUUGGCCUUUGGUGCUGGAGAGCAACAAUCUCAGCCUCAGCCCCCGGCGCAGCAGCCGCCCCCGCCACCCCCACCUCCCCCACCUUCCCAACCCGGCUCCGCGGAAGACCCCAGCACCGGCGGAGAUUUCUAUCUGCGCUGCCUAGGCAAGAACGGCGUCUUCGUGGACGGCGUGUUCCAGAGGCGGGGGGCGCCCCCUCUGCAGCUGCCCCGAGUAUGUACCUUCAGAUUUCCUAGCACAAACAUCAAGAUAACAUUUACGGCAUUGUCCAAUGAGAAGAGGGAAAAACAGGAGGCCCCAGAGUCCCCAGUUAAGCCUGUGCAGCCUCAGAUCACUCCCUUAACAAUAAACAUUCCUGAAAACAUGGCUCAUCUGAUCAGCCCUCUGCCUUCUCCCACAGGAACUAUCAGUGCUGCAAACUCAUGCCCAUCUAGUCCCCGAGGGGCAGGCUCUUCAGGGUACAAAAUGGGUCGCGGUCUACCCACUGACCUACAUUUAAUGGCUGAUAAUUCACAGUCAGAAAAUGACAAGGAAGCUUCAGGUGGAGAUAGCCCAAAGGAUGAUUCAAAGCCUCCUUAUUCCUAUGCACAAUUAAUAGUACAAGCAAUUACAAUGUCUCCUGAUAAGCAGCUUACACUAAACGGAAUUUAUACCCACAUAACUAAAAACUAUCCAUACUACAGGACAGCAGAUAAAGGCUGGCAGAAUUCAAUUCGCCACAAUCUCUCUCUGAAUCGUUAUUUCAUCAAAGUACCACGUUCCCAGGAAGAACCAGGCAAAGGCUCAUUCUGGAGGAUAGACCCUGCCUCUGAAAGCAAAUUAAUAGAGCAGGCUUUUAGGAAAAGAAGGCCUAGGGGAGUACCUUGCUUUAGAACCCCUCUGGGACCGCUCUCUUCUAGAAGUGCUCCAGCUUCUCCUAAUCAUUCUGGAGUGUUGUCUGCUCACUCCAGUGGAGUACAAACCCCUGAGAGUUUAUCAAGGGAAGGUUCUCCAGUCCCUAUGGAUCCUGAGCCUAGUGCUAUACAACCUAAACUAGCAGUAAUACAGGAAGCUCGGUUUGCCCAGAGUGCACCAGGUUCACCUUUGUCUAGCCAACCAGUUUUAAUUGCUGUACAACGGCAGUUACCACAAACUAUUAAACCAGUUACCUACACUGUUGCAACACCUGUGACCACCUCAACAUCCCAGCAACCUAUGGUACAGACGGUUCAUGUUGUUCAUCAGAUACCAGCUGUAUCAGUCACAAAUGUGUCAGGAUUAGCUCCAGCAAACACUUAUACUGUAGCUGGACAAGCAGUGGUCACACAAGCUGCAGUGGUUACUCAGUCCAAGAUAGAACCUCAAGAAAAUGGAGACUACAGAGAAGUAAAAGUUAAAGUAGAACCUAUUCCUGCUAUUAGCCACACUACAAUAGGAGCUGCUAGUCGGAUCAUUCAAACAUCGCAGACUACUCCUUUACAGACAGUUACCAUAGUGCAACAGGCAUCUCUAGGCCAACACCAGCUACCAAUAAAAACUGUAACACAAAAUGGGACACAUGUAGUACCAGUCACCACUGCAAUCCAGGGACAGGUCAGCACUGUUGCUGCAAGUCCUUUACAUAUGUUGGCAACCCAUGCAUCAGCAUCAGCAUCACUGCCAACCAAGCGUCAGAAUGGUGACCAAUCCGAGCAGCCAGAACUGAAACGUAUCAAAACAGAGGAUGGCGAAAGUAUAGUCAUCGCUGUGAAUGUGGACACACCAUCUUCAGCAGUCAGGGAAAAAAGCAUUCAAAACUAAAAACUUUGAUUUCUUUUCAUAUUUAAAAAAAGUUUUUUAAAUCAACUCUGUGGUGCCAAAAGGAGACAUUUAAAUUAAUAUCUAAAAUGUUGGAACAUGUUCUCACCUAGUGGGCCCUGUGAACAGACUUCAAUAUUCAGCACUGAAAAACAAAAAUGAAAACACAGGUGGCCUUAAAACUCAGUAAUUUAAAAACAAAAAUCAAACUAAAAAACUCAAACAUCUUCUAAAGUCUGUGACAUCCCCUCCCUAUGAAUGAUGUCUGUUGCUGCAGAGUUGGGGAGAACUACAGCUUUUAAAUUUAAAUAAUAAAAAACAAAAACAUUUGGUUAUUUUAAGGACUGAGUAUCUCAGUGUAACUUAUCAGCAUGAUAAGCGCUUAGUGUAAACUGUUUUAAAUGAUUGUAUAUUCCUUAAAGGGAACAGAGGCAAGGAGCCAUUUCCUCCAUCUUGGCAGCUAGCCUUUCAUAAUGACCUAGCCAGUGCAGUUGUUGAUAGAUAUGCAGUAUUUUGUUGUUCAUGUGGAAUUUUUGAAGUGUUCUUUCAUUUCUUUGAAAAAUAGAGUCUUUUGGCAUUUCAAAUCACUCCAUUUAAACUGUGGAAUCUUUGGAAUCACAAUACUUUUCAUGUGAAAUUUAGUUUUGUUAUAAAACACAUGCAACACAAAAAAAAGUUUUUUUUUAAAUUGAUGGAAUGAUUUCCUUAUAUCUGUCCUGUUCAGAUGAAGCUACUUUAUAAAUCUGCAAAUUUUAUAUAUUUUAUCAGUUGCCUGAUAAAUUUCAUCUAAUUUUAUCAAAAUGUAUCAAAUGGAUCAAAAUGCUUCUUUGGGCUUGCAUGUAACAGAUUAGAAAUUCCAGUGUAAAUGAAUCAUUAACUGAUGUAAAGAACUGCUAUGAUUUUGAACAGAGCUGGACUUAACCAUUUCUCUCUCUCUCUCUCUCUCUCUGCUAUCUUUGGCUGUUUGUUACUUUGUGUUUACUUUGAUUGUCUCUGGCAUAUUUUUCCAGUCUAAGUAAAACAAGUCUCACUUAGUAUCUGUGUAUGUUUAAAAUAACAGAACUACUCCACUUCAUUUAGAAAAAAAGAUACAAUCUUUUAUCACAGGUUCUUUUAAAGAAAAGAUUUUCUCAGAGGUAUAGUCCAAUAUUUUUAAGCUUAAAUAUUCAGCAUUAGAAGGAAUUAAUCUGACCCAUAUGUCGGUAAAACUGUUAAUAUUUUAGUUAUCCUUAAUUACCAAAGGUCCUCCAUUAAAGUAGCUGCUGUGAUUUUUGAGCAGAUGCUACCUUAUAAUAAAAGGAUUCUUUUUAUAUAAAUAUAUAUACACAUAUAUGUACAUAUAUGUGUGUGUGUGUGUAUGUGUGUAUUUUUUUUAAAUGUGUUCUAUAGUUGAGCAUUAAAAUUAUCUUGCUAAUUCUCUAAUUUGCAGCAGGAGAUUCCAUUUUGCAUUCAAAACUAAGGCUCAAACUUCUUAACUAAGGAAAUUCCCUAAAAGAUUUGAUUAUUUGGGGAAAGGAAGAAAAGAUUAGUGAGUGAUAAAGAAGGAUGAAUUAUUAUACCUCAGCCUACAUGCCUUCCAAAUGGAAAAAGUUCAUGGAUCUCUUGGCAUUUGGUGCCUUAAGAGAUGAUUACUGUAGGAGCAAAAGAUGAGACUUUGGCCUUAAUUUUGAAUUUUUGAGUUAUUUCUGUAAUCAUCAUAUCUAUUUAAAUGUAGUUACUUCGAUAUUUAAUUACCUUCUUUUAAAAAGGGGAAAAAAAAUCUGUAUUUUCCUGAUGGACUAAAAUGCCUAAAAUAUUUAGGCAGUUUAUUUACCUGAAGACCAAAUAUGAUAAAUCUGUACUAAGUAUUGUGUCAAUCCACAGUAUGGGGCUGUCACAAUGUUAUUGGAGACAUACAUAUUAAAAAUUAUGAAAAAUUACUGAAUACUAGCUGAAUUUAUAACUCAGCUAUUUAAAUAAUAAUAAAAAUGAAAUCCAGCAUAAAUGAGGCCUUUUUGUGUAACAAGCAGAAAAAUAUGUUAACUAAAAGCUAGAAAAACUAUUGGGUUUAAGAUUUGUUUCUACACUUUUUUGUAGUAUUCUGCCUCUUCAAAGUUCUUUGUGGAAUACCAUAUAUGCUAUGUUGGUUCAUUUCUUAUUUAUCUUCUUUCACCAAAAGGUCCACAGUUUGAAGAAUAGUCAUCUGAAUAUAGAUUUCCAUAGUUCAGUCCAUGUGUAAAAGCCAACCAUGUUAGAAUAUCAUUCUGGGAAAAGAGUUAGUAGUACCCAUAGCAUUGAACUUCAGCACUGGUAGAACCAAAUACCUAUUUAAUCAUACCAAAAAUGAAGGCAGAUGGAAAACACCAGAAUUUGGAAUAUCUUAAGAAGAUAAAUUUGAAAGAAUCAGCUUGCUUAGAGUAACACUUGAGCAGUAGCAUUUUGGAAAGAUUUUAAUCACUUGAAAUCUGUAUGAUACUGGAAAUAUUUCUAGAACAUACACUGAGAUUUGCAGCUAUGUAAAUCAUCUAAAACUACAGCUUCCUAGCAGAGAACCAUGGACUGGGUUUAUGCAUCUUUGAAUGUAUCUGUCACCCUCACAAGCUAUGCCUAAACCUAAAGUGUAGAACUGCUAUGUGACUAGAAUGAUUCUUGUAGGGUAUAAAGGAUUUUGGAGUUUCUAUACCAAUAAAAGGGGGUGGGGUGGGGGAAAGAAGGGGAAGAGAUGUAUUUUUAAAAAUUUCUAAAUCUGGAACCAAACAGCUCGUUUUUCAAAUGUGGGGAUUCCCCAACUCCUCAAUCUUGUGUUUAAAUGAUUAGCUUUGUAAGACAAAGUAGAACAACACCAUAGGCUAGCAAGUAGCUACAAUAUCCCAUUUUAGAUCCUGUUCACUAUGUUAAUCUAUUAAAUUGGAUUGUAUAUGUCAAGGUUUAAUACUUGUUUCUUCUAGAUAACUUCUACCCAAUAAUCCUUGUAAGAGACUCUCAAAAUAUUUUAUCUCAUCUUCUAGUCCCACAAAAUGCAACCUCACACUUCAGGAGAUGCCAUUAUUUGUGCCACUAAAGCAGAUUCUUAGUUUUAUCAAAUAUGUUGUAGUCAAUUUUCAAUUAGCCAAAUGUAAUUUAUCCACUAUCUAUGUUGGAUCUCAGGAUUACUCUAUCCUGUUACCUAGCAAGGUUCUGAGGUACCUCAGUAUUUAUAAAUUUCAUUUUAACAUAAUUCUGAGCCUGUAAUUUUUGAAGGCAAAUAUGCUAAGAAAUUUAAUUCCCUAUUAAUAUGGUUGCUAUGACUGUAACAUGUACAGUAUAUAUUGACCCAUAGCUACUGGCUAAGCAGUUGGGAAUUGAAUUACAGGGCAGUAGAUGGCAUAUUUUGCCAUUUUAAUCUUACAUGGAUUAUUAAUGCAGUUUUGGUGAACAGAGAAGAUAAAAGUAGUAAUAACCCUGUUUAGAGGGAAGAACACUCUUUGAGUUUUGUGCUCAUUUCUGAAUCCCAUAGUUGGAGAAGGUGGAGCAGCAGGGAAGAAAAAAGUACUAAGUGUGGUAGAUGCUCUGCCCAUUAUUAGCCUUCCCUCUCUCCCCCUCUCCCCCGCACGCUCAGUCCAGAAGGUAGUUGAAAAAGAUGGGGAAUUAGAAUUGAGAAGCACUUGUUUUAUACUGAUUAAUUCUAGAUAAAUCCUCAACUAUUAAGUCUUUUAUGCUGAGAUUGAAGGAUUACCAGAAUUUUAAUCAGUAUCAACUAAAUAGUUUAAAGAACUUUAUGGAAGCCAAUUUAUACUCAAAAAAAAGUUUUCUAUAUAUGCACUUGUUUUCAGAAGUGAACUUCAGUAUUCCUAAAGUGGUUCAGAUCUGUAGUGCUAAUCUGUAAGCUAAGAUGGUGAUUGUUCAACAAUCCUUGGCUGCCUUGUCAGGAUUGUAUAAAAUAGUACAGAAACUAAUUUGUCAAAGCAAUGAAUUAAAUUUUUUUUCAACAGAUGACGUUAUUAAUUCAGUACUGUAUAAGGAUAAGAUUUUGUACUGAAGCUUUUUAGUCUCCAAUAUCAUUAUCCAAAUACUUAGCUCUAUUAGCCAUGCUGAUCCUAGUGUUUUAGUGUCAGUUUAGUGUCAGAUCUUCUAAGCAUAUUUGUGCCAAAAGUGCUUUGUCUUUUUUUUUUCUUGGCAAAAGGGAGGUUGGGCUCAACAGUCUGACCUUAUUAUUAUGUCCUUUGACUUAAUAGUACAGUCUGUGACCUUAUGUGGUGAUAAAAGACUAUGCAAGUUGGAUUGCAAAGCAGUUAAGAAAAAAAGCUUCAGGGAAGAUCAUUAAUAUGGUUACAAAUCUAUAAUUUUGUCAGGGGACGUACUUAUUCCUUUUGCUGAUGCAUAUCAUAAUCUGUUCAACUUGGUUUUCAUGGGUGACUGUGACAAAAUAAUUUUUUAGAUUUUAUUAUCCAAGGACAUAUAUAAUAUUGCCUGGAAAAUUAUGUGUAAUAAUCCUAACGAUUUCAUAUGAAAAAAGAGUGCAUAAAAGGAUAUUGAGGUUAGAAGGAGGGGAGAGACUUGUAUGCACUACUUAUGAAUAUGAAUUAAUGCCAUACAUAGAGAUAAGAAAGGAACCCUUGUUUCAAUUCAGUUCAAGGUUCUGACAGUUUAUCAUUGCUUUGGUCUUAAAAGGUUUCACUGUGCUACUUAUCAGCUCUUAUGUACCCACUAAUUUUUCUAAGUUAUCUAGUGAUUACAAAUUUUAUUUUAGCAGUAGCCUAAGCUGAAUGAUAUUUAGUACUUUCAUCAUAUGAUGCACUCCUAUCUAAACCAAUGUUCAUAUUAACAGCAAUAAAGUAUACCAUAAUAUGGGUCAUUAGUGAUCCCAAUCAACAAUAUUAAGUGGGAAAUAGCUUACCACCUUCCUUUUGUUCUCAUGAUCAAGUGAGGAACUUGCAAUCUUCUCUACUCCACACCCUCAUUUUUUUUUUCAUGUAGUAGAAUUAUUGUGCUAUGGAAAAAUGAACAUCAACAGCAAAACCAUUCCUGUAAUCAUGGCAAAGUGACCUUGGCCUAGAAGUCUAGGGAAACCAUAACUGUCACAAAGUUCAAACUUAAGAGUGAUGGAGCUCUAGAGAAGAAGAAAGAUCUGAGUUGUUCUUACUAAGUAGGUACUUGAAAUAUCUCCUCUCCUUCAGAGAUGCUACUUGUAUUCUUUUAACUAGAUUUCAGUUGUGUAAAAGAGAGGUCACUUAAUAUUUUCUCUCAGGGGAAGGGACUGGUAUAAAUUAACUGUAUUAUUUUCAGCAUAUAAAUUAAAAAUUGGUGGAUAGCACUGAGCUAGGUGCUGGGAGACUUAAAAAGUUUAAGACAUAGCUUCUGCCUUGAAAAAGUGUACAGUUUUAGAUGAUUAUAACAAAACUAAUGGUGAAAUGAAUAGUUAAACUAAUAAAAUGAAUGCAACCAUUCCAUUA